GAGCAUAAUGUCCUGACGUUCUUUAGAAGCCGGCGCCAUUUCCGCAUUUCGCAGCAGUGUUGUCAGGGGCGUAGUAUAGGUUUCUGUUUGCGCGAUAUUUAUUAUUGAUUUAUUAAUUUAGUAUAUUUUAAGAACGAAGUCGUCCACCAUGCUUGGCCUUGUCUUUUAUGUACCUGUAUCCAACUCAGACCCAGUGGAGGUGGAAUGUUUCGAGUCGAACGGUCUCCCCACCGAACUCAAAUCAGUCUUUCAGACACUAAGUGUCCUGCUGCCGUCUCAGGAGUUUUCUACCUACCAGAGAUGGAGAAAGAAAGGCUGUUCAACGGGAGAAAAUGAUCCAGACGGACAGCUGUACUUUGAAGAGUUUGUUCAUUAUCUGCAGGACCACGAGAAGGACCUGAAACUUGUAGUGAAAAGUGUGUACAGGGGGAAUGCUAGCCAUGUAAACCCAAAAGAAUUUAUGCAGUCUCUCCAUGAUCUGGGUGUCCACAUUUCCCUGCAGCAAGCAACUAAAGCUCUUAAAAGCAUGGAUAAAAAUGGUUUGAUAACAAUCGAUAGCAAAGACUGGAGCAGCUAUGCUGUCGUAAAGAAGACCGAGAACAUUCCUGAGAUCAUUCUGUACUGGAAACGCUCCACGAUAUUUGAUGUAGGUGAGAACCUGAUGGUUCCUGAUGAUUUCACUAUGGAGGAAAAGCAGACAGGGAUGUGGUGGAGGCACCUGGUGGCAGGAGGUGGAGCCGGAGCCGUUUCCAGAACUUGCACAGCUCCUCUGGACAGACUCAAAGUCAUGAUGCAGGUGCUAAAAACUCGCCUAGCUCUAACAAAAACUGGACAGUACUCUGGAAUAUCUGACUGUGUCAAACAGAUCUUCAAGCGAGAAAGACUGGGAGCCUUUUACAAGGGCUACGUUCCAAACAUGCUUGGCAUCAUACCAUAUGCAGGCAUUGAUCUGGCUGUAUAUGAAGUGAGAAUUCAGACUGUGUGAUCAUUAGACACUGAAAACUGAGUACAAGAAUUCUCUGAAAUUCAAAUGCAAAUCCUGCAGACCGAGGGUCCAACAGGCCUCUACAGAGGCCUUGCCCCAAACUUCCUGAAGGUGAUCCCUGCUGUCAGCAUCAGUUAUGUGGUCUAUGAGCAGCUGAAGACACAGCUAGGAGUUACCUCGCUGUGAAGAAAGACGCUCAACCCCACUGACCUCAAAACCUUCCAACAUGAUGUGACCCUGACCUUUACGUGGGUCAACCCUCUUCUGACAUCCCAUUCCUCACCCCUCAUCUGAUGCAUAGGAAUCCCGGGGUCCUGCUGUUAUUUUCAGUUCCUCUGUGUGACUGUCUCAUUCUGUGAAUGUCAGCAGGAGAUCAUUAGAAAGGUAGAACUGAAAGGGGAUCUUGACUCUGUGAGCUCAGGUUUAUCUGGAGUGGGAUUCUUCCUCACUGCCUGCUAUUUGUGUUUUUAAAAGGAUUCAUUUCACUUAAUUAUGAAUCAUGGACCAAAAAAGUGUUUCUGAAUUAUCUGACCAUGAACCUUUCAGUUGAGAGGAAAUGACACUGCACACGACUCCUGUCCAUGUCUGACCCACAUGUAUGGACUGAUUACAGAAAUGUCCGAGUAUUUAUUUCCAUCCUUCUGUCAUUAUUUUAUUUUCUUAGUAAAAAAUUUGACUUAUUUUUGAGAAUUUGCUGCUUCCUGUCUAGAGAGCCAUUUGUACAACUGAAAUGUCCUUUAAAAAGUUAGCUUGGAGUGGGAAGCGAUCAUAAGACAGCAGAAUUAACGACAAAAAUAUGUUGUUUAUAGAUUGAAAAGAAGAACACGGAAGGGUUUGGAUUUGGUACUCGUCUGUUUGACUUCAUGGCCAUCUGUUCAUGUGUUUGCCUUACAGUAAAUUAUUAUAAAUGUCAAA